UCUCAGUUUGGGCAGGGCUGUGGGUUUGGAACAUGUGUUGUUAACACCACACAGUGGAAUCUUAUAACGUCACCUACAAUGUUCCCACACACUUUUUAUCAAGAUGAUACUGACCAGAAAAUUACAAGUUUUCAAAUGAUACCUUACAAGGCAUACUUUGUGCGAAGUUUAUUACAAUAGUAUGUAGGGUAUGAAUACAGGGGUACGUUCUGUCACACCUUUACAUUGGCUAGAAGCAUCGGUGAACUUCACGCUCUCAUGGCUUACCCUCCUCACGCAGCCUGUCACAAGGAUCAGGUGAAGCCGAGACCUCAUCUGAAGUUUAUCCCCGAUGUAGUCUCAACAUUUCAUCUGAAUGAGUCUGGCGGCUCCUGUGUGUCCUUUCCCAAACCCACUCUCUAGACACUUCAGGGGCACUACAGUGACAGAACAAAACCAUCCAUCUCCUUGUCUCUUCAUAGCCAUCUCUGGUGCUUGGAGAGGGCAGGCUCCAGAGGAUAUCCCCAUGGAUCAUGCAGUGCAUCUCGAUGUAUUGCCGGAUGGCUGAUGGGCCUCUCCCUCCGGCCACUGAGGCUUACUCCACCGCAGCACCAGCCACAUCACCUGCUUGUAUCUGAAAUCUGCAAAGCAGUGACACGGGGUAACCACCUGAGCUUCAUUAAGCGCUGUGCUCUUGACCUAGCUGUGGGUCAGAUGCCAAAGGACCGGAGAACAGUGCUACAAUCUCUGUUGGGCUAGAUCAGCUGCCUUCCAGACGGAACACUGCUUGCCAGCCACCUACAGCGGGAUCCACACUGAUGUGUAUUUGAAGCAGUGAGAACGUCACUUACCCUACGGUAACUGGUUCUCUGGGAUGUUAUCAGUGUGGAUCACAUGACCCACCCUCCAUCCCUGCUUGUUUGGAGCCCUCCGCCUGUAGGAUUCUGAAUUAGGGAACUAAGGGACGGUUGCCGCCUUGCCACGCUUUAUGGAGCUCUCAGAUUGGAGCGCGAGGAAGUGCAUGGUGCGUGCAUGGCCCUGACGGACACGGCUGCUCAAGUCUCAUCUCCUGCACACCUACACUCGAACCCACAUUGACAACAACAUCUCAAAGAGCCGUAGUUACGGCAAGAUGAGAAUGGGAUGGGAACUGACAAUGAGGAGGCCGGGCUAGCUCAGAACGCUCCUAAGACGGUGGAAUCUCUCAUGGCAUUAACGGACAGGUUCAGAGAGCGUGAUUCCCAGGGUCCUGGCAAAGAGGAUUCCUCUGGGAGUCCGAGCAGGACACAGUGGCAGCAGGGAGACACUGUAGGGAAGAGACAGAGUAAAUCUGACUGGGGCCAGCCAAAGAGCCAACCAAGAGAGAAGCCCCAUCAGUGUCCUCAAUGUGGGAAAAGUUUUGGGCACAGCUCACACCUUAUUACGCACUGGAGAGUCCAUACAGGAGAGACGCCCCAUCAAUGCGCCGAAUGUGGGAAGAGGUUCAAGCACAGGUCCUCCCUCAAUACGCACCAGAGAGUGCACACAGGAGAGAGGCCCCACCAGUGUCUUGAGUGCGGGAAGAGCUUCCGGCACAGCUCCCACCUGAUCACGCACCGGAGAGUCCACACAGGAGAGAAGCCCCAUCAGUGCGCUGAGUGCGGGAGGAGAUUCCGGCACAGCUCUUCCCUUAACACGCACCGGAGAGUGCACAUGGGAGAGAAACCCCAUCAGUGCGCUGAGUGUGGGAGGAGAUUCCGGCAGAGCUCACACCUGAUCACCCACCAGCGGGUUCACACUGGAGAGAGACCCUACCAGUGCACUGAAUGCGGGAAAACCUUUGCUGGCCACUCCGCGUUCGCCACCCACCAGUGGAUCCACACUGGAGAGAAGUCCCACGCGUGCGCCGAGUGUGGGAAGCGGUUCCGGCACAGCUCCUCCCUCCAUGCCCAUCGCAGAGUGCACACUGGAGAGAAACCCCAUCAAUGCGCUGAGUGCGGGAGGCGCUUCCGGCAGAACUCGCACCUAAUCGCGCACCGGAGGGUCCACAUGGGGGAGAGCUCCUUCCGCUGCCCGGGGUGUGGGAAAGGAUUCAGCCACGGCACAGACCUCAUUCGACACUGCAGGAAGGUGCCAGUGACGUUUGCGGAUGUGGCGGUGCACUUCACAGCGGCAGAGUGGGCCCUUCUGGGCGAGAGGCAGCGGGAGCUCUACCGGGACACGAUGAUGGAGAACUAUGGGAACGUGGCCUCUCUGGGGAUUCCCGUUCACAAGCCUGACAUCAUCUCCUGCCUGGAGCGAGGAGAGGAGCCCUUUGUCCCAGCUUCCCGGGGCCUUGAGGAACCAGAGAUCCUGAGAGGCAUCUACACAGGGGACGGCUCGUGCCCAGACGGCCUCUUUAUCCCAGAUGAUGACAGGAUUGUGUCUCCAACUCGAGAGUCCUCACCUGGGAAUCCCGACUGGAGAGCGAGCGAAACAAUGGGCCCCCUCUGGAGCUGCACGGAGAGAAACCCCCUCCGUGCACUGACUGUGGGGGGCGUCACAGCUGGUGUUGCAUCAGAGACACCCCGCCGGAUAGAAACCAGCAGUGACGCGUGCCCUGGGCCCAGGGGACCCUGUCCCACCAGACACGUUCUGCAUCACACGCCAUUCGAGGCAUGUGGGGUCAGCCGUGAGUUGUGGGCUCGGGGAAAGGGAGCACAUUCCUGGGGUGAUUAAUUGCUUGGGAAUCAUGUAAUGGGGGGGGGGGCAUUGGGGUGGAAACCAGAGGAGAAAGAUUCCUGGCUGACCUUGGGCAAGUCACUGCCCUGCUCUCUGCCUCAGUUUCCCUAUCAGUAAAAUAGGGAUAAUAUUACUGACCUUUGUCAAACACUUUGAGGUCUAGUGAUGAAAAGCACUAGACAAGAGCUAGGUCUUAUUAUUAUUUUAUUUUAUUAUUAAGGAGAAGCAUCUUGGGCUUAUUGAUCAUUGCUUAGGUGCCAGUGAUCAUUACUUGAUUACAUUUGUCAGGUGCAAACAGAAUAAUGUCCAAACCAGUAUAAUUAUUUCUACACUUGUACUUUAAAUUGGCCUGUUUCACAAAGCUGAAAACAGUGACGAGUCAAUGAGCUGGGAGAAAGCAUUUAAUCAGAAAAUUGUGAAUGCUCUUUUGGAGUUGUAUAAGAACAUUGUACUAGAUGCCCCAAAAGCCCAAAUUUCCCAAGCAAGAAAGAAGGCUAUACCAAUGGGGAAAAAAACAACAACCUGGCUUAGAGGAGAAACGAAAGCAGAUAUAAAAAAAUACAGUACAUAACAUAUGGGAGGAAAUAUAAAUUAGACGCUAGGAAUUGUAGAAAAUUGCUAAGGGAAGCAAAAGGACACAAGGAGAUUAUCUAUGGCCAGCCGAGUUAAGGACAAUAAAACACAUUUUAAGAAUAUUCAGAACAAAAGGAAACCUAAAAAUGGUAUUUGUCCAUUACUAGGUGGAAAUGGUAGAGCUGACAAUAAUAAUGUAGAAAAGGCAAACGUGUUCAAUAAAUUCUUCUGUUUUCCGUUUGGGAAAAUGCCAGAUAA